AUGUGCAUCAAAGAAGAAUACGAUAUACCCCCUCUAACCUCCAAACUAGAAGCAUUCAAAUCAUCUUUAGAUAAGUGCAGGCGCUCCAGUGUUUUUAACGAAAACGAUCGUGAAAUGACAUACUUGAGCAACAAAGUAUGGUUAGAACAAACGGCUCUGUUACUGCUUUCAUCUGCGUUAGAAUACAACGUGUAUUCUCUUUACGAGCAAAUCGGAAUGUUGAAGCUUUUGGAGGAAAUAAAAAUAGGAUCGUACCUAAAAUGCCCUGAUAUCACCAACCUGGUCAAAAUGCUGCAGAUUGUCCUGGAUACAAAAUUGGCAGUUAAGUUUGAUAUUCCACUGUAUUUCAAGAAGAACGGGAGACAGGCUGUCAUAGACUGUAUAUCGAUGCUUUUAGAUAAAGAGCUAUUUGAACAUGCCUUGAAGAUAGCGGAAAUAGAAGGUCUACCGAAAGAUCUUAUAAUAGUGCGUGAAUGGCACUACAAUUACCAGAAUCAAAGAAAUAAUCCUAAUCUUUGGACUGAUGCCGAUAGUGAAUUUUCAAAACAUAGCAUCACUGCAGAUUGCGUGGUAGAGUUUUAUUUGGAAUAUUCUGGUAAAUCGAAUGAUAAUGCUGAAAGGUAUCAGAUUUUGAAGCUAGCAUACAACUGGGCAAAAAAGUUCGAGCUUUCUAAUGAGUAUGAGUUGGAGUGUGAAAAAUGGCUGGCUUACGUUCUGAUUUUUGACAAGAAGGAAAUAGACAGUGAUGAGAUCGAAGACAGCUUUCCUGUGAAUGUCACCUACAAGGAGAUGGUAGAAAAGCUGGAAAAAGUGCCGAAACAUGACGAAUCUCUACCUACAGAUCAAGCGAACAUUAUCAAAACAUUGAUUAACACCAGUUUGAAUAGGGGAAAUUUUUGGCUAGCACUGAAGUUGGAAAAAAUGUUCAGUAGCUCAAAUACAGACCUGGACAUUCUGAAGCUGUGUUACAGCCUAGCUGAACAUUAG